AUGAAUGUGGAUCUGAAAUUCAUUGUGCGCCUUCUGCUGGCUGUCCUUUUCUGUUCCUUAAUAUCCACGAUUUUAAUGGGCAACCAGAUACACAGAAGAAUAGUGGAUACCGUGGUGGACAAAAUAAAUCAAAAGGAAGUUGGUCCUAAAACAACAAGGCAGCUAUCAAAUAGACAGAUUCCUCGGGAAAUUUCCUCACAUAUAGCAUCCUUAUCCCAAAAUGAACUGGAUGUUUUGAAAAUCCAGCGACAUGUAAAGUUUAGUUUACCAAAACAAGAAGCUGUCAAGAAUUGGCACGAUCCACUCUCUAUGAAUAAUGAUAAAGUUAGAAUAGGAUUAGGUGAGCAGGGAACCCCCGCUGAAUUACCAAAUGCCAAAGAAAUGGAUGUGAUGGGCACCUAUUAUGGAGACCAUGGUUUCAAUGCCAAACUCUCCGAUCACAUUUCAUUAAAAAGAGCCUUGCCGGAUAUCAGACCUUUGGGGUGCCAUAAUCAAAAGUAUUUACAGAGGCUACCCAACGUGACUGUCAUUAUCGCUUUUCAUAAUGAACGCCUCAGCGUGCUGCUAAGAUCAGUAACUAGCAUUAUUAACCGCUCUCCUCCGGAGCUGCUUAAGCAGAUUGUCCUCGUUGAUGGUGAUAGUGAGCUAAUGGACUUGGGACCAGAUCUAGAGGACUUUGUGGCACCGCACUCCAAACUAAUCAAGAUACUGAGACUUACAGGGCGACAUGGCCUCAGUAAGGCGAGGGUAGAAGGAGCCAAAAUUGCCACCUGUCAAGUUUUGGUCUUUCUGGAUUCCCACAUCGAAGUCAAUACUAAUUGGCUACCUCCCCUGUUGGAACCUAUAGUUGUAAAUCGGAAUAUAGUCACCGGUCCCAUUUUGGACAAAAUCUCAGACAAGACUUUUGAGUACACGAAGUCUAACUCUCUGACCCGUUCCGGAUUUAAUUGGUUACUUAAGGUUAAGGAACUACCAGUUUUUCCCGAGGAUGAAGACCUUGGUUUUGCGCCGUACCGCACCCCUCUGUUAGUAGGCCCAAUGGCCAUCGAUAAGAACUUCUUCUGGAAUCUUGGCGGUUAUGAUGAAGGGCAGUUCGAGAUGAGUUUUAAGAUUUGGAUGUGUGGCGGUAUGUCACUAUACGUUCCCUGCUCCCGAGUGGGUCACAUAAACAAAGCACCAGUGCUACCGAAGUCGAGACAACGGAAUUACAAUAGUCUGGCCAGGAACAACAAACGAGUGGCUGAGGUGUGGAUGGAUGAGUACAAGAAACACCUUUACGACUCAAACCCCGAACUUUAUAAGAAAACAAACCCAGGAUCCCUAACCAAAUUAAAAACCCUAAGAAAGACCUUGAAAUGCAAGUCCUUUGAUUGGUACAUGAACAAAGUGGCUCCAGACUUCCUAGAAAAAUAUCCUGUUGUCGAUCUACCGAUCAUUUUCUCGGGAGCCAUCGAAAGUGUUGCCUUUCCCGGCUUCUGCGUGGACUCUCUGGAUCGAAAACACAAGAAACCAGUGGUCCUCUCCCGCUGCACAGGGAAUAGUACGAAUCCUUCGGAGUUUCAAAACUGGUUCCUAACACGAAACUAUGAGAUUCGACUGACCAAGAGUAAAGAUGAUUGCCUGGAAGCUCAGGGCAUUAAAACAAAGUCUGUGUGGCUCUUUCACUGCCACGGCUACGGUGGAAAUCAGUACUGGUUGUACAACCGCCGCUAUCAGUGGUUCCAGCAGGGCCAAAUGUGGGUAUGGUGCCUGGAGGCCAAUUUGACCAUCGGUCAGGAAGUUGGCCAGGUGCUAUCCAAUAAUGUUUGCAAUGAAAACAAUGCAAAGCAGCAGUGGAAGCUGGGAAAAGUCCAGUUUCUAAGAGAUUAAUUUAAAUAUUAAUAAACCAAUAAAAAAAUAUUCAAACAUUUUGUAACAUUUGAAAA